AUGACCGACGGAGGCAGCCUGCACAAUGUGCCCCUGGUCCUCGACAACGGCAGCGGCACCAUAAGGGCAGGCUUCGCGGGCACUGACUUACCCGCCGCAUACUUCCCCUCCUACGUCGGCCGACCUAAACAUACCCGCGUGCUCGCCGGUGCGCUCGAAGGCGAUGUCUUCAUCGGUCCCCGGGCACAAGAGCUGCGUGGCCUUCUGAAGAUCAAAUACCCACUCGAACAUGGCGUAGUCACAGACUGGGAUGACAUGGAAAGGAUAUGGACAUAUAUCUACGACCAUGAGCUGAAGACGCUAAGCGAGGAGCAUCCGGUCCUGCUGACCGAGCCGCCGCAAAACCCAAGGACGAAUCGAGAAAUGGCUGCACAAAUAUUGUUCGAGCAGUUCAACGUCCCUGCUGUGUACAUGUCGAUACAGGCCGUGCUGAGUCUCUACGCUAGCGGACGGACUACGGGUAUCGUGCUCGACAGCGGCGAUGGAGUCACGCAUGCAGUCCCUGUAUAUGAAGGCUUCGCAAUCAACAACAGUGUCCGGAGGAUAGACGUUGCGGGGCGAGAUGUCACUGAGCAAAUGCAGCUGCUGCUCCGCAAGAAUGGCCAUGUCUUCCACACGUCCGCCGAGAAAGAAAUAGUACGCAUCAUGAAGGAGAAGACGUCUUACGUCUCUCUGGACCCGCGGAAAGAAGAGAAAGAUUGGUCGCAAGGCCUGUGGAAAGCCGACAAACGAGAAGUCACGUACGAGCUACCAGAUGGGAAGAAGAUCAAGAUCGGCGCCGAGCGGUUUCGUGCGCCGGAGAUUUUGUUCGAUCCAGAAAUUAUUGGACUGGAGUAUCCAGGAGUGCAUCAGAUGCUCGUGGACUCAAUUAAUCGCGUGGAUAUGGAUCUGCGGAAGAACCUGUUUGCCAAUAUUGUCUUAAGCGGCGGCACGACGUUGACGAAAGGGUUUGGUGAUAGAUUGUUGAUGGAGCUGCAACGGCAGGCUGUCAAGGACACACAUAUCAAGAUAUUUGCGCCACCAGAAAGGAAGUACAGCACGUGGAUCGGAGGAAGUAUCCUGGCUGGGCUGAGCACAUUCAGAAAGAUGUGGGUCAGUAUUGAUGACUGGCACGAGAAUCCGGAUGUCAUCCACACCAAGUUCUCUUGA